AUGACAAAGGUGGCAGCAACAGUUGAUAGUCGGGAAACAUUCUACCUCCCACACCAUCCUGUGUUUAAGGCCGACAGCACCACCACGAAGUGUCGGGUUGUGUUCGACGCAUCCAGCAAGUCAUCGACUGGAGUGUCGUUGAAUGAUACGCUGAUGAUCGGACCAACAAUUCAACAAGAUGCUACAUCGAUCCUGAUGCGAUUCAGAACUCAUCAAAUUGCACUGACAGGAGAUGUGGCAAAAAUGUACCGCCAAGUAUGGGUACAUCCCAGCGAUCGCGCCCUACAGCGCAUUCUGUGGCGAGCUUCGCCCCAUGAUCCCAUCGAAGAAUAUGAGCUGAAUACUGUAACUUAUGGCACCGCAUCUGCACCAUUCCUUGCGGUGAGAUCUCUGCAACAAACAGUAUUGGAUCAUGGAAGGGACUUUCCAAUAGCAGCAGCUCGGUUCGCUGACUUUUACGUGGAUGACUUUGUGUCUGGAGCUGAUUCACCCGAGGCUGCUCAAACUUUGCAACAGCAAACCGAACAACUGUUUGCCAAGGGUGGAUUUGAGCUGCGGAAAUGGGCAUCAAACGAGGAAGUAGUGUUGCAUCAUGUGGACCAACAAAGCCGAGCAUCCAGCCCAUAUCCCAACGACGAUGACGACGGAUCGUUGGCAACACUUGGAAUCAUAUGGGAUACGUCAGCGGACACUCUGCGCUUCAAAGUCCAAGCCCCGGAUGUCAACAAAGAUGCAACCAAACGCAAGGUAUUGUCCACCAUUGGAAAGAUCUACGAUCCGUCACUGUACGAUAUUGCGACGCCUAAAGGUGAUCGUGAGUUAGCAGUACUGCGCGCCAAAAUGAAGCUGGCCUAUCGUCAACUAUCACAGCUUCAGCCGGACAUCACUGACGAAAAACUCCCUCCGGCUACUGUACGGGUGCACUUACGUACGUUAAUGGAACUUCAAGGCGCCCACGCCAGGUUGAUGCAGAACGUCAUCGAUCUACUGCCAGAUGAUCUAGAAGUCGACAUGGAUGCUGACGACGCAUUCCGGAAGUUGCACGCCACCUCCACAGCCAAGCUGGAGGCACAGCAGGACAAAACACCAACAGCUUCAGCAGCUCCUGUAACUUCGGCAGCGCAUCAUCUAAGUGUCCCGAUGCCGACCUUCGACGGACGCUACGAGGAGUGGCCCAAGUUCAAGGCCAUGUUCCUCGACAUCAUGGGAAGGACAAAUGAUUCGGAUGCAGCUAAGUUACACCACCUGAACAAGGCACUCACCGGAAAGGCAGCAGGAAUCAUCAAUGCGGCAAUGGUGAGCAGCAACAACUACAAGAGUGCCUGGGAGGUGCUAGAAAAGCGGUUCGCGAACCCGAGAGCAAUCGUCGACAAGCACAUUGCUGGGUUACUCCAACUUAAACCCGUGCAACGCGAAUCAGCCAGCGAACUUCGAUCACUAGUAGAAACGUGUAAGGGUCACGUUGAUGGGUUGCAGUUCUUAGAGAAGAACAUCGAUGAAACCAGCAACCUCAUCAUCACCCACAUCCUCGCGUCGUGUAUGGACGCCAGUACUCGUAAGGCAUGGGAGCUUACAUUGCAGCACGGCGAGUUUCCGGAUUUGUUCCGUACGUUCGAUUACAUCACGCGGCAAUGCGAAGUGUUGGAGAGCUGCGCAGCAGGCAAUAUGGACAAACCAUCUCGUCCAAAGCCGGCUCCUACUAAAGCGUUCACGUCGACCGUUACGCCGUCACCGACCGCAACGUGUGUCAUGUGCCAGGACAACCACAUGCUCAGCAAGUGCGCGGAUUUCAUAGCACUGUCGCUACCAGACAAACGGGACAAGCUCCGAAGUUGGAAACGUUGUUUCAACUGUUUCGGAGCUGGUCAUCUCAACAAAAGGUGCCUCUCGAAGUGGACGUGUCGUCGAUGCCAGCAAAAACAUCACACCUUGCUCCACGACGAAGGGACUAGUGCCGCCAGCGAGAUCCGCCACGAACCGCCAACAUCUGCAGCAGAACACCGUACAGCUACAAUAUCGCUUCACACGGCGAUACCAUCGACAGUGUUGUUGUCAACCGUCAUGUUGUACAUCACUGACAGCGCAGGGAAGAACCAUGCUGCAAGGGCUCUCUUGGACAGUGGAGCACAGUCCAACUUCAUUACGGGAAGGUUGGCGCAAUUCUUAAACCUGCCUCGAAAGUCGGUGAGCAUUCCGCUGUCGGGGAUUGGUGGCAGCCAAGCGACGAACAUAAAGUCAUCAGUACGAGCCACCAUCCAGUCGCGCUGUUCAUCAUUUUCGACGUCGCUGGAGAUGCUGGUACUGCCCAAGCUGUCAGCAGAUGUGCCGGCCCAUCGUAUACACCACAGCCAGUGGACGAUUCCAGCAACCUGCGUCUUGGCUGACCCAACAUUCCACAAGCCUGGUGGAAUCGAUAUCAUCCUGGGUGCGGCGUGCUUCUACGAGCUUUUAAAAACCGGACGCAUCUCACUUGGAGAAGGUAUGCCGUCACUCCAAGAAACAGCAUUUGGGUGGGUUGUAAGUGGCACAGCCCAGAUAGCAGAGCAGUCGUUGCCAGUGGUGUGUUCAGUCGCCAUACACACCAACGAGCUGACUACGAUGAUGAGGAAAUUCUUCGCAAUAGAAGACGUAGGCAGUUUCCCUAGCUGGAGUAUUGAGGAGAGAGCCUGUGAGGACCACUACGCGGCCACUACAAGCAGAGACCAAGCCGGCCGAUAUGUCGUCCGACUUCCGAGAAAGUCUGACAUGAUCGGGAAACUAGGUGACUCGCGGACGAUCGCCCUCCAUCGGUUUUUGGCUAUCGAGAGACGUAUGCAGCGAGAACCCGAAACAAAAAAGGCAUACGUGGAGUUCAUGGCCGAAUACCUCCGCUUAGGCCACAUGACAAAGGUGGCAGCAGCAGUUGAUAGUCGGGAAACAUUCUACCUCCCACACCAUCCUGUUUUUAAGGCCGACAGCACCACAACGAAGUGUCGGGUUGUGUUCGACGCAUCCAGCAAGUCAUCGACAGGAGUGUCGUUGAAUGAUACGCUGAUGAUCGGACCAACAAUUCAACAAGAUGCUACAUCGAUCCUGAUGCGAUUCAGAACUCAUCAAAUUGCCCUGACAGGAGAUGUGGCAAAAAUGUACCGGCAAAUAUGGGUACAUCCCAGCGAUCGCGCCCUACAGCGCAUUCUGUGGCGAGCUUCACCCCAUGAUCCCAUCGAAGAAUAUGAGCUGAAUACUGUAACUUAUGGAACCGCAUCUGCACCAUUCCUUGCGGUGAGAUCUCUGCAACAAACCGUAUUGGAUCAUGGGAGUGAGUUUACAAUAGCAGCAGCUCGGUUCUCUGACUUCUACGUGGAUGACUUUGUGUCUGGAGCUGAUUCACCCGAGGCUGCUCAAACCUUGCAACAGCAAACCGAACAACUGUUUGCCAAAGGUGGAUUUGAGCUGCGGAAAUGGGCAUCAAACGAGGAAGCGGUGUUGCAUCAUGUGGACCAACAAAGCCGAGCAUCCAGCCCAUAUCCCAACGAUGAUGACGACGGAUCGUUGGCAACACUUGGAAUAAUAUGGGAUACGUCAGCGGACACUCUGCGCUUCAAAGUCCAAGCCCCGGAUGUCAUCGAAGAUGCAACCAAACGCAAGGUAUUGUCCACCAUUGGGAAGAUCUACGAUCCGGUGGGGUUUGUUGACCCAGUGAAGGCGGUUGCCAAGCAAUUUCUUCAACGGGUGUGGAAUCUGAAACACGUCAACCAACAACCCUGGGGAUGGGAUGCUGAACUUCCGCUGCAGCUACGAACAGAAUGGCUCAACUUUCUUGAGCAAAUGCAUUACCUUCACAACAUCAGCAUUCCGCGAGUCGCCAUUAGAUCUUCAGUGACCACCAUCCAAUACCACGUCUUCUGCGAUGCUUCGGAGAAAGGAUAUGGAGCAUGCUGCUACAUCCGUAGUUGCGAUGCCCAGGGACAUGGCACAAUGGAGCUCUUCGCCUCAAAAACCAAAGUGACGCCCCUCAAUAGCAAGCACUCUAUCGCUCGGCUUGAACUGUGCGCAGCACAGUUGGCCAGCUUGCUAUUCGACCGAGUAAGGACUGCGGUAAACCCAGGAUCUCUGGCAGUUUUCUGGACAGACUCCAUGACUGUGGUACAUUGGCUGCGAGCAUCACCAAACUCCUGGAAGCCAUAUGUUGCCAACCGGGUAUCGCAGGUGCAACAAUUGACGGAAGGUUGCACGUGGCGUCACAUCGCAGGAGUCGACAACCCGGCUGAUCUUGCUUCCAGAGGAUGUUUGGGCAAAGAUCUCCUCUCCAGUACCCUAUGGUGGCAGGGUCCUUCCUGGAUGAGCCUGCCAGAAGAUCAAUGGCCUCCACCACUGCUUGCGACACCAGAUCCUUCAGUGCAAGCAGAGCAGCGAGUAGCAGUUGUGGCAUGCGCUGCCAUUGAGCUGCCAGCUCACCGCAUAUUUACGCUCUUCUCAUCGUAUUCUAAGCUGAGACGGAUGACAGCGUACUGGGUUCAGUAUUGGAACCGAUGCACCAAACGCCGGUCGUACGAGAACCCUGGCCUGACGACGAAGGACUUGACGGAUGCAGAAGAAGUGCUGUGCCGCUUGGCUCAACGAGACCACCUGCAGCAAGAAAUCAAGGCCUUGCAGCAGAAGAAACCCGUUCCUGCGUCGUCCCCGCUUAGAUGGUUGCAUCCGCAACUAGGAGCUGACGGAAUCAUCCGAGUUGGAGGACGUUUGUCCAAUUCACCGCUAGCGGAGGAUGUUAAGCACCCACUAGUUGUUCCGGCCAGCCAUCCAUUCGCUCGUCUGCUGAUGGAACAUUUUCAUAAACAGUUACUUCACGCGGGACCGACUCUGAUGCUAAACACGUGCAGACAACGCUUCUGGAUUACAAGUGGCCGAAAUCUCGCCCGGAAGGUAUUUCACCAGUGCCACACCUGCUUCCGCGCCCGACCAUCGUCGUCAGCAACUAUAAUGGCUGACCUCCCGGCUGUCCGAGUAACACCGGCCCCUCCUUUUUCGAUCACCGGUAUUGACUACUGUGGUCCAGUGUUCCUGAAAGGUGGCCACCGACGGGCGGCGCCCGUGAAGGCAUACGUCGCCAUAUUUGUAUGCUUCACCACCCGUGCCGUACACAUCGAGCUGGUGUCAAACCUGACAAAGGAAGCAUUUAUAGCAGCAUUACGACGGUUUGUGUCUCGUCGUGGUUUGCCAUUGGAGUUACACUCGGACAACGCGACGAACUUCAAGGGAGCAGCAAACAAGCUGAACGAGUUGUACAAGCUGUUGCGUACAACUGAACACCAGCAGAGCAUUCAAGCUUGGACACUAGAACGCAAAAUUUCAUGGAAGUUCAUCCCACCAAGAGCUCCUCACUUCGGUGGACUGUGGGAAGCCGCCGUCAAAACCAUGAAGUACCACCUAGUGCGCGUUUUAGGAACGACAUCACUUUCGUAUGAGGACAUGUCUACGCUGCUGGACGAGAUAGAAUGCUGUGUCAACUCCCGACCUAUAACAUCGAUGUCAGAUGACCCACACGAUAUGACAGCCCUCACUCCUGGACAUUUCCUGGUUGGAACGAACCUACAGCUUGUUCCGGACCACUGCUUGCUGUACGAAGCCGAAAACCGGUUGAACCACUGGCGUCAUGUUCAACAACUUCGCCAGCACUUUUGGAACCGUUGGCAGAAGGAGUAUUUACAACAACUGCAGGCGCGUUCUAAAUGGACAAAGGAUGGUACAACCACAGUAACGCCAGGAACGUUAGUUAUAAUUAAGGAAGAUAAUAUGCCUUCGGCGUGUUGGCCAUUAGCACGCGUAACCGAGGAGCAUCCUGGAAAGGAUGGCAAAGCGCGUGUCUUUACAUUACGUACAA